GUUGGAACUUAAAGCACGUCUAGUCCCACUAGGAAAGAAAAAGCAACAUCUUGGGAAGAUUAUAAGUUUAGCUAAAGAAAGAGGCAAAAAGAUUCCAAAAAGCUUAAAUUUAGAAUACUCAUCCAUAUGCUUCGAUUAUGAUUAUUCUGAUUCGAAGCAAAAAGCUCUGAAAGUAUACAUGAACACUUUUUAUGAGAAAAAUGGAAACUCAAAAUCUCCUAUCUUUCUUCGUGAAUUAGCUGGAGGAACUACUUCAGUGAGAAAAUACAAUCUUAAUCUUGUCACAGAAUUCGUAUCAAAGAAAGGGUUUGGGAUAAAAUAUGGGGAUACUGAUUUUUUGUAUUUUACCUGCUUAGAAAAGUAUUACGUGAAAUGUGAUGAAGCCUUCUCUAGAAAAAAACUUUCUAAGGAAGCAUAUUGGACUGAAAUGAUCAAAAUUACUAUGGAUGUGAUGAAAAAAUUGCGCGAUCAAAUAAAUGCUUAUCUUAAGAUAAAAAGUGGGACCUCUCAUCUAAUGAUGGCAUACGAAGAGGUAUUAUUUCCUGUCUGCUUUACUGGCAAAAAGAAGUACUUUAGGAUUGGGCAUGAAGAUGAAGAAGAUGAAGUAAACUUUAGACCAGAUGAUCUCUUUAUGAAAAGAAUUGAUACUGUAAAGCAAGUCAAUUCUGAGCUCUUCAGGUUUAUUGGAGAAAAGAUUAUAUGGGAGGCUAUGUGUAUCAAUAACACACGUUCAAUUCAUAAAAUUGUUGAAGAUGUUCUUCGAGAUGCUAGAUUUAGGCAGUGGGAUUUUAACCAGUUUGUUGCAAUGUCUAAAUGGAAGGCUAAAGGAGGCCUCGCAUGCAAUAAAAUCUUUAUGGAAUGGAUGAGAGAAAGAAUAGCAAGCGGGGAAAAAAAUAUAAAGAUCCCUAACUUUGGUGAGUACUUUAGUUAUGUUGUAGUGAAUGAUGGUCUCCGCUAUAAAGAAGAUAGCACGAAAUUAACAAGGAAGAGCGAUUAUAUGGAGUUCGCAAAUAUUGCGAAAGAGUUUAAUAUGGAGAUAGAUAUCAGCUACUAUUUAGAACAAAUG